GGGGGGGGGCGGGAGGCUGCUGGGUCCGGCUGACUCCCCACCACAGGCACCCAGGAGGGUGUGCGGAUCACCCUGGACUGUGCCCAGGCAGCCUUCAUCUCCUACGACAAGAUGGUCAUCUCCCUCAAGGGCGGCGAGAUCUACGUGCUGACGCUUAUCACGGACGGCAUGCGCAGCGUCCGCGCCUUCCACUUCGACAAGGCCGCCGCCAGCGUCCUCACCACUAGUAUGGUCACCAUGGAGCCCGGAUACCUGUUCCUUGGCUCUCGCCUGGGCAACUCCCUGCUCCUCAAGUACACGGAAAAGCUGCAGGAGCCCCCGGCCGGCACCGCCCGGGAGGUUGCCGACAAGGAGGAGCCGCCCUCCAAGAAGAAGCGCGUGGACGCCACAGCGGGCUGGUCAGGGGGCAAGUCAGUGCCGCAGGACGAGGUGGACGAGAUUGAGGUGUACGGCAGCGAGGCCCAGUCAGGCACACAGCUGGCCACUUACUCCUUUGAGGUGUGUGACAGCAUCCUCAACAUCGGACCCUGUGCCAACGCCGCCAUGGGCGAGCCCGCCUUCCUCUCUGAAGAGUUUCAGAACAGUCCCGAGCCAGACCUGGAGAUCGUGGUGUGCUCCGGCUACGGGAAGAACGGGGCCCUGUCGGUGCUGCAGAAGAGCAUCCGGCCCCAGGUGGUGACAACCUUUGAGCUUCCUGGCUGCUAUGACAUGUGGACAGUCAUCGCCCCUGUGCGGAAGGAGCAGGAGGAGAGCACCAAGGGGGAGGGGGCGGAGCAGGAGCCCAGCGCACCCGAAGCAGAUGACGAUGGGCGGAGACACGGCUUCCUUAUCCUGAGCCGGGAAGACUCCACCAUGAUCCUACAGACGGGGCAGGAGAUCAUGGAGCUGGACACCAGCGGCUUCGCCACGCAGGGCCCCACAGUCUUUGCUGGCAACAUCGGGGACAAUCGCUACAUCGUGCAAGUGUCGCCACUCGGCAUCCGCCUGUUGGAAGGAGUGAACCAGCUGCACUUCAUCCCCGUGGACCUGGGCUCCCCCAUCGUGCAGUGCGCCGUGGCCGACCCCUACGUGGUCAUCAUGAGUGCCGAGGGCCACGUCACCAUGUUCCUGCUCAAGAGUGACUCGUAUGGGGGCCGCCACCACCGCCUGGCGCUGCACAAGCCCCCGCUGCACCACCAGUCCAAGGUGAUUACGCUCUGCGUGUACCGGGACGUCAGCGGCAUGUUCACCACCGAGAGCCGCCUGGGCGGGGCCCGCGACGAGCUGGGCGGCCGCAGCGGCUCAGAGGCCGAGUGCCAGGGCUCAGAGACCAGCCCCACGGUGGAUGACGAGGAGGAGAUGCUUUACGGAGACUCGGGCUCCCUCUUCAGCCCCAGCAAGGAGGAGGCCCGCAGGAGCAGCCAGCCCCCCGCCGACCGGGACCCCACCCCCUUCCGGGCUGAGCCCACCCACUGGUGCCUGCUGGUGCGGGAGAACGGAACCAUGGAGAUCUACCAGCUCCCUGACUGGCGGCUGGUGUUCCUGGUGAAGAACUUCCCUGUGGGGCAGCGGGUCCUGGUGGACAGCUCCUUUGGUCAGCCUACCACCCAGGGCGAGGCCCGGAAGGAAGAGGCCACGCGCCAGGGCGAGCUGCCCCUCGUCAAGGAGGUGCUGCUGGUGGCGCUGGGGAGCCGCCAGCGCAGGCCCUACUUGCUGGUGCACGUGGACCAGGAGCUGCUCGUGUACGAGGCCUUCCCCCACGACUCACAGCUCGGCCAGGGGAACCUCAAAGUUCGCUUCAAGAAGGUCCCGCACAGCAUCAACUUCCGAGAGAAGAAGCCAAAGCCGUCCAAGAAGAAGGCCGAAGGCGGCAGCGCUGAGGAGGGUGCCGGGGCCCGAGGCCGUGUGGCGCGGUUCCGCUACUUUGAGGACAUUUACGGCUACUCGGGGGUGUUCAUCUGCGGCCCCUCGCCCCACUGGCUCCUGGUGACUGGCCGGGGGGCCCUGCGGCUGCACCCCAUGGGCAUCGAUGGCCCCAUCGACUCCUUCGCCCCAUUCCACAACGUCAACUGCCCCCGCGGCUUCCUGUACUUCAACAGACAGGGCGAGCUGAGGAUCAGUGUCUUGCCUGCCUACUUGUCCUACGAUGCCCCGUGGCCUGUCAGGAAGAUCCCGCUGCGCUGCACGGCCCACUAUGUGGCUUACCAUGUGGAGUCCAAGGUGUAUGCUGUUGCCACCAGCACCAACACGCCGUGCACCCGCAUCCCGCGCAUGACGGGCGAGGAGAAGGAGUUUGAGACCAUUGAGAGAGAUGACCGUUACAUCCACCCUCAGCAGGAGGCCUUCUCCAUCCAGCUCAUCUCCCCGGUCAGCUGGGAGGCCAUCCCCAACGCCAGGAUCGAGCUAGAGGAGUGGGAGCAUGUGACCUGCAUGAAGACGGUGUCGCUGCGCAGUGAGGAAACCGUGUCCGGCCUCAAGGGCUACGUAGCCGCCGGGACCUGCCUCAUGCAAGGGGAGGAGGUCACGUGCCGAGGGCGGAUCCUGAUCAUGGACGUGAUCGAGGUGGUGCCCGAGCCUGGCCAGCCCCUGACCAAGAACAAGUUCAAGGUCUUGUACGAGAAGGAGCAGAAGGGGCCCGUGACUGCCCUGUGCCACUGCAACGGCCACCUGGUGUCGGCCAUCGGCCAGAAGAUCUUCCUGUGGAGCCUGCGGGCCAGCGAGCUGACAGGCAUGGCCUUCAUCGACACACAGCUCUACAUCCACCAGAUGAUCAGCGUCAAGAACUUCAUCCUGGCCGCGGACGUCAUGAAGAGCAUCUCGCUGCUGCGCUACCAGGAGGAGAGCAAGACGCUGAGCCUCGUGUCCCGGGACGCCAAACCCCUGGAAGUAUACAGCGUGGACUUCAUGGUGGACAGUGCACAGCUGGGCUUCCUGGUGUCUGACCGUGACCGCAACCUCAUGGUCUACAUGUACCUGCCAGAAGCCAAGGAGAGCUUCGGGGGCAUGCGGCUGCUGCGCCGGGCGGACUUCCACGUGGGCGCCCACGUGAACACGUUCUGGAGGACCCCCUGCCGGGGGGCUGCUGAAGGGCCCAGCAAGAAGUCCGUUGUGUGGGAGAAUAAGCACAUCACGUGGUUUGCCACGCUGGACGGCGGCAUCGGCCUCCUGCUGCCCAUGCAGGAGAAGACCUACCGGCGGCUGCUGAUGCUGCAGAACGCACUGACCACCAUGCUGCCCCACCACGCCGGCCUCAACCCGCGUGCCUUCCGGAUGCUGCACGUGGACCGGCGCGUCCUACAGAAUGCAGUGCGCAAUGUCCUGGAUGGGGAGCUGCUCAACCGCUACCUGUACCUGAGCACCAUGGAGCGCGGGGAGCUGGCCAAGAAGAUUGGCACCACGCCCGACAUCAUCCUGGACGACCUGUUGGAGACGGACCGAGUCACUGCCCACUUCUAGACCCCUGGAUACUGCCACUUUCCCAACCCCGCUUUUGUACAAAACACAAAGAAAAACAUUUGUUUGAUUGAGAA